UAACUCGGAAUCAAAAGUCAAAUUAAACUACGAAUAUUACAAUACAGUCAAACUAUUCCUUAAAUUUAUAACAUACUAGUAACAUUCAACUGAAAUUGAUAACCAAAAAUGUUGACCGCUUGUCCAGAAGAAUUACCCAAUCCGCACAAGAAUUGCCUGAGGGAGAUGCUCAAUACGCUGAUCUGCAAUGAUCAGGAUGUCAAGCGUUUGAACAUUGAGUUAAGGAAUAUGCAGGUUGAGCUCAAGGAAGAAUUGAAGAAAAUCGAAACUGAGCCUCGAAAAUGCUCUUCUGAGAAGAAGUUAAAUAACCGUGCAGAGCCUAGAGUUUGUGAUAACGAUGACCCCAAGACAGAGUUCACUAAACGCAUCAUCAACUUGAGCGAGAUUAAGCAUUUCUAUACGAAACGCUGUGAGGAAAUUCGCAAGCGUCGUGAUAAUAUUAUAGUCUAUGGUCGACAGUGUAUGCGAGCCUAUAACGAGGAGAAGUGUAAAUUCAAGUCUUUCCACGAGAACACCAUUGAUUACAUAAAACGCACGGCAACUUUGUCACAGGAUCAGCAGGUCGUUCAACGCUGCGAGCGUGAUAUUUGCGAGAUGCACAAGAGAUUCGUCAAAGAAGUUGCCAAUCUGAAGCAAUGCGAGUCACAGCUGCAAUCAUUCUUUAAACUGCUCAAAGACUCGGAUCCAAAUACCUACUGCGAGUGUUGUUGCUUCAAGGAUUACGAUUGGUUGCCUCAGGGUAAAAAGCUGGAAGCGGUGGAAAAUGUAUCCACUGAAUUGAAAGCAAAAAUGGGCAAGGUUUUAGUGAGUGCUCUGGCUCAGCUGCACACUCAUAUGCCGCAGGACAUGCACGGAUUUUUAGCUGGCUAUUUGAUGAAUGUUGAGCGCAACGAGCAAGAAGUGAAGGAGAAACUUGAUAUAUUUCAAGAUCAUGUGGAGUUCCAAGAUAAAGAGCUGCCGGAUCCAACUUUCCACUGUGAUACCGAUUGCCCUAAGUCACAGUGAUUCGUAUGAGCUAUUAAUAUUUAAAUUCAUUUGUUAAAUGUUGGAAAUAAAUAGCAAUCGCAUUUCAAUUCAA